UUAGCAGAUUGCGGUCUGCGACUUUAAGGCAAUGCUGCUGUUGUGACGUAUAUUCUAGUGGACGGAACGCUUCUUUCAACCGCAGCAACAGUUUGUCCGCCACCUCGGUAGCUUGCUCGACAAAAUAGCCGAACCAAUAAAGCUCUUUAGACGCUUUAGUGUAUAUUAGCCACUGUGUUUUAAGCCCAUUUCUCCCCUCUAGUUAGUUAUCCGAUUUAAUUUCAUAUUUAUUGUGUUGUUGUUAUUAGUCAGCUAGCGGGCUGGUUAAGUUAGCAUUAGCCUAGCUAGCUAACAUCUCCGACCAUGAGGUCACUUAGCUACUCUCCUGAUAAAAAGGUGAAAGAGGAGGAGGAAGAGAAGGAUGUUACAAUACAAAAACAAGUAGAGGGUGAGGCCGUUACCGUGAAAGAAGAGAAAGACGUUUCAGUGAAAGAAGAGGAAGACGUGUUCAGAGUAAAAGAAGAGGAAGACUUGUUCAGAGUAAAAGAAGAGGAGGAUGCAGUUGUUGAAGUGAAAGAGGGGGAGAUGAUUGUCACAUCGAAAAAGGAGGGGGAAGAAGAGGAGGAAACGGGAUAUCUGGGCCCGGUUUCCCAAAGGCAUCUUAAGGCAUCCAAUGGUUCUAACGAUGAACGUUCCCUGAUUAACACUAGAGAGAGUGGGGACUAUUGUGGAUCCUCUGGGGAUCCUCAACAACCUCAUGAUGCUGAAGAGGCAGAGAAGAGUCUCUCCAGAUCAAAACACCUCAAGAAACACCUGCAGAGAUCCACAGGGAAGAGAACUCACUUCUGCUCUGACUGUGGGAAGAGAUUCACCUCAUCAGGCAUUAAAAUUCAUCAGAGAACACACACAGGAGAGAAACCUUAUAGCUGUGGUCAAUGUGGGAAGAGUUUUCCUCAAUCUGGCUCUCUGACAGUACACCAGAGAACACACACAGGAGAGAAACCUUAUAGCUGUGAUCAAUGUGGGCAGAGUUUUGUUCAAGCUAACAAUCUGACUCGACACAAGAGAACACACACAGGAGAGAAACCUUAUAGCUGUGGUCAAUGUGGGAGGAGUUUUACAACAUCUAGCUCUCUGACAGUACACCAGAGAACACACACAGGAGAGAAACCUUAUAGCUGUGGUCAAUGUGGGAAGAGUUUUGGUCAAUCUGGAGAGCAUACAGUGCACCAGAGAACACACACAGGAGAGAAACCUUAUAGCUGUGAUCAAUGUGGGAGCAGUUUUCCUUCAUCUAGCUAUCUGACAGUACACCAGAGAACACACACAGGAGAGAAACGUUAUAGCUGUGAUCAAUGUGGGAAGAGAUUUACUUUCUCUGGCACUCUGACUCAACACCAGAGAACACACACAGGAGAGAAACCUUAUAGCUGUGAUCAAUGUGGGAGGAGUUUUACUACAUCUAGCUCUCUGACAGUACACCAGAGAAAACACACAGGAGAGAAACCUUAUAGCUGUGGUCAAUGUGGGAGGAGUUUUACUACAUCUAGCUAUCUGACAGUACACCAGAGAAAACACACAGGAGAGAAACCUUAUAGCUGUGGUCAAUGUGGGAGGAGUUUUACUACAUCUAGCUAUCUGACAGUACACCAGAGAAAACACACAGGAGAGAAACCUUAUAGCUGUGGUCAAUGUGGGAGGAGUUUUACUACAUCUGGCCAUCUGACAGUACACCAGAGAAGACACACAGGAGAAAAAUCACAUAGCUGUGACCAGAGAUAAUCUGUUAAAAGAUCUCUGAUCAAAUAUUAGAAAAUACAUACAUGAAGGAGUUGUUUCAUGUUUUCAAUGAAUUAAUGUCACAAUGUAGAAUGUUUUAACAUUGUAGUAGGAGUAUUUUAAUGAUGUCACAAUGUAGAAGCCUAAACGUUUCCCCCCCUUUAUGAUUUGAUUUCAUAAUGAUAUGGAUAUUAGCCUCACGGGAAAAUGGAAGAGUACUAUUUAUGUGAUUUAAUAAAAAUUGACAAACAAAAAAGUUCAAAUCAAAUGUAUUUAUAUAGGGCUUCUUACAUCAGCUGAUAUCUCAAAGUGCUGUACAGAAACCCAGCCUAAAA